AUGUUGCAAAUUCAAGAGUUGGAAGAGUUCAGAGCUGAAGCUUAUGAGAAUGCCAAAAUUUACAAAGAAAGAGCAAAGAAGAAGCACGACAGCAACAUAGCCCCAAGAAAAUUUGAAGAAGGACAAAAAGUAUUGCUCUACAAUUCUAGGCUGAAGCUAUUUCCAGGGAAGCUAAAAUCAAAGUGGUCUGGACCAUUCCUUGUCACCAAGGUCUCCAAAUAUGGACAAGUAGAAAUCAUGGAAGAAAAGUCACAACGAACCUUCAUUGUGAACGGUCAAAGACUCAAACAUUACUUGGGAGAUGUGGAGGAGAAGGACAAGGUUAAAUAUCACCUCAACUGA